CGUCAUCAUUUCGUCAUUAUUAUACUCUUUCGCUAUUUUUUUUAGCUGCUCAUUUUUGUUUCUAUUAAUCAUCAUUGAACAACAGAAAAAAAAUCAUCAACUUCGAUAUAUUAACAUUCAAUCAUACACCGGGUGCGUGUGUUUGUCAGUGUCUUGUGUCUGUGUGUGAGAAAAAAUUGAAAAAUCAUCAUAUACAAAAAAAAAAGAUAAAUUGAACCGGAUCAUAUAUUCCCAGAAAAUUAGAGUUUCAACCCAAUUUGUUUUUUCUUUGCCCUAUCUUCAACAAUCAUAUCAUCGACGAGUGAAAUAGUGUGUUGUGGUGGUACUAUUGAACCUAAAACAAGACAAAACGAGACAAAAAUUUCAAAUAUUUUGAAACCAAAGAAUCCAAAAUAAUAAUAAUAAUAAUAUUCAUCAACCAUGUCACUUCAAUGGACAUUGAUUGCAACAUUUCUUUACGUGGAAAUUGCAUUGAUUGUUUUAAUGUUAUUGUCGAUUAUUAAACCACGAUUUUGGCGAUCAUUUUUUCAAUCUCGUUUUAUGACCGUAGUGGCGGCACAAUCAAAUCUUUAUCUGGUUGCAUUUAUCGGUGUUUUACUCUUGUUUUUUGUUGAAUCGGUUCGAGAAUUUCAUAAAUAUUCAAGUAAAUUGAAUACAAAUGAUCGUAUGUAUGUUGGAUCAUCGGCAUUUUAUGAAGAUCAGAUGCGUGUAUUUCGUGGUCAACGAAAUUUUUACAUUUCUGGUUUUGCCUUGCUCUGUGUAUUCAUUAUAAAACGUUUAAUACGAUUGUUUGGUGAAAUGGCACAAUUGAAAGCCGAAUCAGAAGCAUCCAUUCGUCAGGCACGUAAUGCAGCCGAAUUGGCAAGCCAAACAUUAUCGGCUUCAACGAAAACAACAACCACAACAAAUAAUGAUCAACAACAGAUUCCAUUGGAAAAAGAAAAUGCUGCAUUAAAAGAAACGAUUGAUGAAUUGGAAAAAAAAUUGAAAAAAGCUCAAACCGAUCUAAAAGCAAUGGAAAGACAAUCGGUCAAUACAAAUAAAGCGUUUGAUGAAAUGGCUGAAAAAUUGGCACGUUAUGAGGCAUCGGCCGAUUCACGUAAAGAUAAAUGAGAUGAAUCAAAUGAAUUUGAAAAUUUUAAUUUCCAAUCUUGUAAUUUGAUUUGAUUUUUGAAAAAAAAAAUUUAAAACCAAGAAUUAAAAUUUCAUUUCUCUCUUUUACACCCACACACACACACACACACACACACAUUUGAUAUACUGUUGUAAUUGUAAUUUACGAAUUUUUCAAUAAUUUCGGAAAUAAAAAUCAAAAAAAAAAAUUGAUCGACAAACAAA